UUUCUGAAUUAUUUACUUCAGGGCAUAUAUCAAGAGUUUUACAAAGAGGAAAGCAGUGGUGAUGGUGGCAGUCUUUAUCAGCUUCGUAACCUAAUCAACAGAAGAAAUGUAUCAGGAGCUGAACAAGUGACCAAAGACUUAAGGUCACACGUGACAUACAUCAUGGAUGUAAUGAGUGGAUAUGUGGUUGCAGCAUUUAUGAGUUUACACAACAUGAAUGAUUUAGACGACAAACCAGCAAACCUCCCACUAUUUUCCCUCAUGAAUGAAAAUCAAAAGAAGGACUGGCUAUAUGAUCAAGCUGAAAUUGUGAUGGAUAGUUUAGGAAUCAAGGAUACAAGCUACAUAGAAGUGCUGCGUGACAAUGUUAAGCAUUUAGAUAUAGACUGUCAAAAAGUUGGUGAAAUGAAAGACGUGAAUGGGUUUAAGUGUGCACUAUGUGAGAAACACUAUCUAACUGAGGGUCACUUUAGGAAUCAUCUCAAGAAGAAGCAUCGGUGGCAGUUUCAUGAGUGCGUACCACCAAAAAGCUCUGACAGUGUUGUUUCUAGUUUCAUGAGGAUGGCCCUAUUGCUUCAUGACACUUGUGAUGCAUAUCGAAUGGGGGAUGGUGAACGUUGCUUUCGUAAUGCAAAAUUUGAAUGGCUCUACGCAGGUGCGCUUGGACAUACCAAAUAUAAAUUAUGGUUAUGGAGGUAUAUUGCAUACAUAGCUGCCAUUCUUAGCCCAAUAGAUAGUUUCGAGUACAAGUGGAACAUUUGUCAGAAUUUGAUGGGAGGAGUUGACCAAAAUGUACCUAAUGAUAAUUGUGUGGAACUCCAGAUUAAAAAGAUAAAAACUCAGCUCAAUACACAGGGCGCUAAUAAGUCAUUUAAUUCAGCCAAAGUGGUGACAAUGUCUACGCAAGUAAUUGAUACGAUGAAGCAAAAACUUAUGCAAGUAAACAAUACAGUGAAGGCUGGAAGGAAGAGACCAGAGAUUGACAAAUCCAGGGACAUCAGCCGAAUUGCAGAGUGUGUGCUAAAAGAUGGACAUCGUGUUGUCACAGAUUGGCCAUCGCUCAGUCAAGCCAAAGAACCGCUUUCCAAACUUGAUCCAAAGGCUAUGCAACAGUGGAUGCAGUUUCAGAAGAGAAUUCCUUCCAAAUUACUACACUAGAACAUGGACAGUGAAAAUGUAGUCUAUGUAAUCGUAGUAGGUCUUUGUUAGGCCUCGCCUAAUGACAGGUGCCCUAUAGGUAUCAUUUUAUGUCAAUGAAGUUGUUUCUUUGAAAAGAAUUUCGUGAACUUUACACUUGAUUUCACAGAGGAAGGCCUGAUUUAUCAGAUUUGUCAUUGAAUACAUAGUUAUGGGAGUCGGAAUUGUUUUGUGAAAUCAGUAAGAUAAUGAUAGCAUCUUGUUUGAUAUGCAGUAUCUUUGAGACUAGAAUUUUUUUUAGGGUGGAUGUACCAAUUCAACUACCAGACCAGAUACAUGUAGUUCAGUGGUACAGCACCAGAUGGUUAAUAUUCAUUGUAGGUCUCUUUCUCACUUGGCAGUUUUCUGUUAAAUAUGAGAAAGUAUUUAAGCUUGUUACAAUUAUCGGUAUCAAUGGCCAUUUUCACAAAAAAAUCUUUGGAGUAAUAAAAUUUGACUCUGCCUUAAACUCAACUGUUUAAGAAUGCCAGUUUUAUUACCUAUGUAUAUAAUUAGGUUUGCUCUUUCAGAAAUAUACCAGUACGUAAACGAUAUUAGAAUUAGUGUUUUAAUGUAUUCAAUGUAAAACGAAGGGAUAAUCAGCAAUUUUGAAGGAUUUAAAUCAAUUGAAAAUAAUAUCUAUUGUUAAAUAAUGAUGAAAUUGAAGUAGAAUAUAUUUUCAUGUCUGGUAAAUGAUUAGAAGCUAGUCUUUAUGCACUUCAGACUUCAAAGUUAUCUGCCCUUUGUAAAAAUUAGAAAAAUAGAAUUUUCUACAGAUAUGUGUGGUAAAUGAUUAAUUUUAUUUCAUGUUUUCAUAGAGAAAGUGUAUGAUUCAAUUUGUGCAAUCAUUCAAACAUACUGAACAUGCUGAAUGAAACUGAAAUCUUGAAAGCAAUUUCACAUUUUAUUUAUUUCUGUUAAGGUAGUUCCAACUUUGUGUGAUGGUUGAAAAUGAAAAAAAAAAUCCAUAACAAGAGUUUACCAAUUUUUUUUUAUCCAUUCAAUUAAAUUUCUCUGAAAGAAAUAUCUCCAUCAUGUGUAAAGUUUCAUUUGAUAAAAUAUUUUUUCAAAAACCUAUGAUCGAUGACAUCUCAUGAAGAUCGAUCUACCUUAAUUUAUGUACAUGUGUUGACUUUUAUAACGGGUGUGUAUGUGUGUGAAACAACAACGUUGAAUGUUUGGUUAAAAAUAACACAAUAUCUAAGUGCAUGGGAGCAACUUCAAAAUCUGAGAAAAAUUUUACAUUACAUAAUAAUACCCACCCCCAUAGAAUUCAAUGCCAUAAAUAUUUAUCUAAAUUUGAUUUUCCUCAUUCUUAUAUAUAAAAAGAAACAUUUCCAAUAACAACAAUGCAAGAUGCAAUUUUUGAUAAUAUCUGUAUGAAAUUUUUAGACCUACUACGCCUGGAAAUCAAAGAAAUCCAGGCGUACAAGAGUUCUACGUAGUUUUGACAAUACGGUUAAAUUUGAGACGUACACGUAUUUUGACAAAAAUACGUCUCCUUAACCCAAGGCGUAUUUUUCAAACUCCAGGUGGAUUUUGGAACUUUGUUCAUUCUAAAUAGGGAAUUCAGAGACUUAGACUUUUCAAGAGGCAUAUUUUUUUGUUAAAAGAACUUAGUCAAUUUCAUGAGACGUAUUAUUAUAAAUCCAGAUGGAUUUUCUAACUUUGUAACUUUUUUUGAAAUUGAAGCUAUUCUCUUUUUUUGGUAUGAUUCUGUUAAAUUCCCAACUUCAAGCAAAUGUCUCAGUCCCUUGAUACCAAAACCUUAACCAAAAAAAACUUGACACAAGUAGCUACAUGACAUGAAAUGCUUUUAUCUUGGAUAUAUACAAAUUACAAUGAGAGCCAUUUCCUCUAGAAUGUAUUGAAGUUGUGAACAUUGCACAUACAAAUCUUUUUUUUUUUUUUUUUUUUUUUUUUUAUUUUCAAAUUUUAAUUCUCCCAACAGUUCAUUGAUAACAAAUACUGACAAAUUAAAUACACAUCUUUGAUGUAUUGCUGCAUGAACAUGUAUUAAAUCUUGAUAUAAAAUUUGGUUUGUUACUGACUGUCUAUGAAAACAUAUUAGGUUGAUCACACUCCUGGACCCAAUUGAACAAAAAUUGGUCAAGUUUAACGGACAGUUAAAAUCUAGUUAUCACUAUAAAUGUAAGAGUUUUUUUUUUUUUUUUUUUUUCACAUAUAUCAGUCUUUAAUUCCAAAAUACAUUACUAUUUCGGGGUAAAGUCUCCGCAGAGACCCCCUUAUAAUCUUUACCUAGGGUGCCAGGGGCCCCUUGGAUUAGAUGUAUAUAGGCAUACAUAUACAUAUAUAUAAAUUUAUCAUAUAAAUUUCUACAUAUAGAAAACACAAACAUAUAUGCAUACAUACAAACACACACACAUAUAAUAUACUGUUAUAUAACAAAAUUUAUUAACAUGUUAUGGCAAAAAAGGUUCUUAUUUUUACGGAAAAACCAACAACACAACAAUAUAAUUAUGUACAUAAAGAACCUGAAACUGCCAUAUGCGGGGUUAACAAUUCAAAAGUUCAUAUCACAACCCCCAUGGCAGCACUAUAGGAGGACAGGACCCCUCCUCAUAGUGGGAACUUUUUGCAAAAUACCAGUAUAUAAAAGGUUUAUUACAAAAUUUUAUUUGAUAUAGAAAUAUAGUUGUUUGUAAUCAAUUCAAAUUGUUCAAAAUAAACUCACAUUGUAACAUAGUUAAAAAUGUGCAUAGACAGAUAUUUGUCAGGUUUCAUAUUAUAAAAAGUCAUACCUGCAAAGGUGUAUAAAUUACAAUUUGUCUUUAAUUGCUUUCAUAACUUUAGCAUAUUUUUUAUCCUGAAUUUUUGUGUACACUUCUGUAUAAAAAUUCAAUUUACUUUUUAUGUGGUUACAUAUUUCUUGAGGUUUUUCGUCUUUGUUAUCUAAUCUACAAUACAUUUUAUACUUGUAUAUUUUACAGGCAAUAAGAGAUAUUAUGCUAUUCAAAAAGAGUGUCUUUUCAUUGUUUUCAUAGUAAAAUCCUAUCACAAUUGUUUUCCACGAUAUAUCAAAUUUUAAAAUUUGUUUAACAAUGUCCCAUAUAUGAGAAACAUUUUUACAUUUUAAGAUAAGAUGUUCAUUGUUUUCUUUAGCAUCUCUGCAAAAGACACAAAAAUCAUUUUCUACUAUCUUCCAUUUCUUCAGCAAUUCUCUGUUACACAAUAGAUUAUUUAAUAAUUUAUAAUUAAAUUCUGAUAUACUUCUGUCUCUUAUGGAUAAGAUUUUUUGUUCAUAAAUAGAUUUCCAAGCCGUUUUUGUUAUUUCAAAAACCUUUCCGUAAUAUGUUUGGUGUAAUGGAGGUAUAAAUUUUUCAUGACAAAGAAUUUCGUAAAUCAACUUUGAAUUGAUAUCACACACUUUAACAUGUCCUUUACAUAAUAAAUCGUAUGAUGUACUCCCAUGAAAAAUGUUUUCGUAUCGUAUAUUUGAAUAUUCAUAACUUUUGAAGGUUUUUGUUAUAACUGUUUUUAUAAUCAUAUAUUCACACAUCCAGUUUUUUUUACAUAUAAGUUUGUCAUCAAACCAUUCCAAAGGUUUUAUGCCAUUUUCAUUUACAAUAUCAUUCAAAAAUUUAAAACCGCUCCUCAGCCAAUUAUGAAAAAAUAUUGGCUUGUUUUUGUACAUAAAAUUUUUAUUACACCACAACGGUUCUUUCAAUAAUGCAUUCAGAUAAAAUUGUUUUUUAUUUUUUUUUACAUUCGUUGAAAAAUACAAGCAUUUCCUUGUAGAAUAGAGGAAAAUGUUCCAUUAUUUGAUAAUCAUUUGAUUUCGUAAUAUUUGUUUUACAUAGAUAUUCAAAAUCAAAGUCUCUUUCUUUGCACAAACUAUCUACAAAAAAGAAUAGAGAGUUUCUCUCGCUUGAAAUCCUGUUUAUCCAAGAUACUUUUAUGGAUUUUAAUUUCAAAGAUACAUCGACAAUUCCAAUGCCUCCCUUUAGGACAUUUCCAAUCUGUGUAUUUCUUUUAAUUCUAUCUCUUUUGUUCCAUAUAUAGUUAUAUAACAAACUUUGAAAUUUCUUAAUUACUUCUUCAUUUGGAAAGCUCAGAACUGAUCCAACAUAUAUAAUCUUUGAUAUUGCUAGGCUAUUGAUGACACAAACUUUACCAAAAAUGGUUAGUUUUCUUUUUUUCCAUGAUUCAAACAGUUUUUCUAAGUCAUCUACAAUUUUUGUCCAAUUGUUUUUAUAACAUAUUUCUUUGUUGUGUCCUAUAUAAAUUCCAAGAGUUUUUAUGCUAUCAUUGUUUACGUUAACAUUUCUAAUUUGUUUAUAAUGAUAUUUGUGAGGACCCGUUAAUAUACAUUCUGUUUUUGACAUAUUUAAAUACAUACCCGAAACAUUGCUGAAUUUUGCUAUGACUUUUAAAGAAUGUUCUAGAGAGGUUUCAUCUUUAAGAGGAAGAGUACAAUCAUCUGCAUGUUGUAUAAUCUUAAUACUGUUAGUCAUUCCUGGUUUUUGAAAUCCAUUAAUAUUUGAAUUCGAUCUAAUAUUUACCGCUAAUAUUUCUAUAACAAAAAGAAAUAAUAUUGCAGAGAUGGGACAUCCUUGUCUUAUACCUCUCUGCAUAUUGCAUGUUUUGGACAUCCAUCCAUUAUUUUUUAUUUUAAAUAUAGGUUUAUUGUAUAGUAUGUUGACCCAUUUGAGAAAGUUUUCGCCAAAGUUAAAUUUUUUAAGAACUUUCGUCAUGAAGUUCCAUUCCACAGAGUCGAACGCUUUUUGGAAAUCAAGAAAUAACAUUAUUGAUUCUAUAUCAUUUUCUUCACAAUAUUCAAAAAUAUCAAUAAUUAACCUUGCAUUCAGAGCUAUAUUUCUCCCUUUUAUAUAAGCUGAUUGAUUAACAUGUAUUGCUUUAUCCAACACUUUUUGUAGUCUAUUAGCUAAAAGAAAAGCUAUUAUUUUAUAAUCAGUAUUUGUAAGACUAAUAGGCCUAUAAUUGUUAAGACUCUGCGGGUCUCCUUUUUUAAAUAAGAGAGUAAUUAAAGAUAGUCUUUGUGAAUAUGUCAUUGUAUACUUUUGGAAGAUCUCUUGAAGAGUGCAAUAAUAAUGUUGUUUUAUGUUUUCCCAGAAAGUUUGAUAGAAUUCACACGGUAAUCCAUCAGAUCCGGGUGAUUUAUUUUUUUUCAUAAUGAAUACUGUUUCUGUACAUUCUGAUAGUGAGGGAAGGGUGUCUAAUUCAUUUUUUUCUUCAUCAUUUAGACUAUAUUCUAAUUGUAUAUUACUUAAAUAUUCAUUCACUUUAUUAUCAUUUUCAUUAUUUGAUGUAUACAAUUUUUCAUAAAAAUUGCAUGUAGAAUCUAAUAUUUCAUCUUCAUCAAAAACUGUACCUUUUUCAUUUUUUAAUGAUUUUAUCACAUUUGAUAUUUGUCGUCUCUUUUCUAAAUUUAAAAAAUAAGAGGUAUUUCUUUCUCCCUCUUCAAUCCAUUUUCCCCUUGAUCUUACCUGUGCACCUUUUGCCUUUUUGUUUAUUAAUUCUGUCAAUUCAUUUUCUAAUUUUCUUUUUCUAUUCAUAUCUAUUUUUUCAUAUGGCAAGUCUUCUAUCUUACUUAUUUCUCCUUGAAUAGAAUUUAUUUUGUUUUUGUAAGAUUUAGAUAUAUUUUUCGAUAAAUUUAUACAUUUUGUUUUUAUAUUCCUUUUCAAAUUUUCCCAUGAAUCUAGUGCAUUUUCUUUAUCGAAAUUAUAGUUUUUCAGGAAUGUAUUCAUUUCGUUCAUGAAGGUUUCAUUUUCAAUUAAAGAUGUGUUAAAUUUCCAGUAUCCUGGACCUCUAAGGUUUUCAUUUACAAUCAAAGAAAAAAUUAAACACUUAUGAUCAGACAUCCUAGUACCGUUUGAGUGUGAACCAGGAAUGUUUUGAAGCCUUAUAUUUUCACAUUGAAAACAAAAUGUAUCGGAUAGUAAAAUAUAAUCUAUUCUACUUGUUGGGAUAUUUACUCCGUUACACCAUGAAUAUCCUUUUUUUCCGCUUUUCAUAGUUUUCCACAUGUCGUGUAAAUCGAGCUUGUUCAGUAGUUGUUUUAAAAUUAUAACACUUUUAUCUGAUUCAUUUUCUGUUGAGCAAUUAAGGUCACCACAUAUCAAUAGAUUAUCAAAAUUUGCUGUAUAUUUACUAAUCCAUUCUUUAGCCCGUUUAAAAAAAUCACAUCUAUAAUUGAUAUCGUUUGGAGCAUAUAAAUUAACUAAUGUAAUAAUUUUUUCAUCAUAUGCUAUGUUAACCAUGAGUUUCCUGCCUUCAUUAGAUUUAUGUAUAUUUAGUAUUUUGAAAUUCAAAUCUUUAUUAAAUAAUAUUGAAACUCCUCUACUGAAAAUUGAAUCGGAAAAGCAAUGUAUUGAUAUACCUUUCCACCUUGCAUCAUAAUUUAGUACAUUUUUUUCAAUAUAGUGGGUUUCUUGCAUAAAUAUUACAUCAAAACAGCUAUCAUUAAUCCAGGUAUAAAAUUUUAUACGUUUUUCUGCAGUAUUUAAACCCCUGCAGUUCACUGAAAUAAUAUUUAACUUGUUCAUGCGUAUGACUGACUAGCGGUUUGUUUUUUUGUUUUUUUUUGUUUUGUUUUUUUUUGUUUGGUAGACUUAACUCUGUUUUUUGCCCUGCUUGUUUCUUGUUGAUCUAGAGGAAUUGUUGGUAGCUGAAUUUUCGUCCGUACGCUGCAAUUUGGCUGCCAUGCCGUCGAGGAUACGUCCAAGCUUAUUUUCACCUGGCCAAUGUUGCAUUAGAGUAUGAGAUGUUCCGGUCACGUUCAGCCCGCUACCCCAAUAAGUAUCCCACGUCGAUUCCACCAGAAUAUCGGAUUUUCUGAUUUUUUUUAAAGCACUUCUGAAUUGUGAACAAUGCUGUAGUUUAGAUUCCAGUAUUUCCCGCAUAACGGAGUCUUUAGAUGUAAUCCAAGCAUCAGAUUCCAGGACCUGACCUCCUACACGUUUGGCAUCUAAGGCGGUUUCAGCUUUACUUACGGCUUCUGCACGGUUAAGAUCACCAGAACGUAAGGAUUUGAUGUGUUGGAAAGCAUGUUCGGCUGAAGGAUAUGUUUGCCCAAAAACCUUUAACUCAGUAGGGAAGAAAUUUGAAAGAGGGUUAUCUUUUCCAGAGAAGCAUACUAUGUCCUCCUGGUGAGUGACAUAUGAUCUGCAUUUAUCCGAUCCCGGAAAGUGACUUGGUAGCUUGCAUAUUCUACAACUCUGCUCGAAUUCGCAAGCAUUUUUGUAAUGGUCAUCUGCCCAGCA